AUGAGGAUAAAGAAAAAGGAAUUAAAAGAUCUAAGUAAUAUUACUCAAUCAAAUGAAGAAAAAGUUGACAAGGACAAUACAGAUGUUAAAAAGAAUGAACCUUCAAAAAGGCAAUUAAAAAAAGAAAAAGCAGAAGUUCGUGCUUUAGAAGCAAAAGAAGCCAAUAAACAAGUAAUUGCUCAAAAGGCUUUAAACUACGUUUCACAAUGGAAACAUGUAAGAAAUGAAUGGAAAUUUGAGAAACUUAAACAAAUUUGGCUAAUGGAUAAUUUAUUAAAUGUCAAAUAUGUUCCAGAUAAAAGUUUUACUAUAAUUUUAGAAUAUUUUGAAGGGUGUGUAGGAUCAGCAAAAAAACAAUUAGUCAACAAAGCAAUGGAAGUUGUAAAAAAAUUAGAAGAUAAGAUUAAAAAUGAUGAAAUUGAAGAAACUAUAGAGUACAAAAGAGCAAGACAAUUACUACAAACUUUACCCAUUGAAACAUAAAAUUUUAUUGUACAUAUUUUACUAAUGAAACUUCUUUAAUGAUUGAUUUUAU